ACGUCGAAGCGCACACGCCCGAACAACCGUUCAGUUUGACUUAGACCCACCGCAACCCACGACACGCCGCCCGUUGCCGAUCGGUCCGCCAUCACGUGCUCGUCGUACUCGUUUUUUAUCGGGUGGAAAAUUACAGAAUAAAAUAUAAAAAUAUUUCGUUUUAAGCUUAAAACACAACAGUUACGCACAACAGACGUCGUUAUGCGUGUGUCUUUACGACUCGAGGAGGCCGAAACGAACGAAUAAUUUACAUUGUACAAUACUCGAGUCUUAUAUGUGAUUUCAUCCAAUCGAAUAACGAUCGAUUGUCGAUUUGCGCUGGUCGUAAGAUCCAGGAAUUCAUUGAAAAUUGAAAAAGAAUGAAAUCGACAACCGUACUCUACAGAUACAAUGAUAUCAGUCGUAAAAACGGUUUUUACAGUCUCAACAUAAGACAUGCGGCGAUUACCGGAGCUAUUUACACGUUGAAUAUUUCUGUAUUAGUUGUACUAAUAUACAGUUGGAUGAUAAGUUCAAAUAUGAAAAAUGCAGUUCUACUUCAAGAUGUAUUUUAUGGUGUUCAAAUCGCAUACUCUGCCGUAAUUGGAACAAAUUUGUUCAUCUUCGCUGCCAGUGUCAUAUUACUCCUUGGAAUCGUCAAAGAACGGGUAUCCCUAAUCGUACCUUGGAUUGUUGGUCUCAUAACUUUCAUGGCACUCGAAGCGGUUGCAAUUGUUUACUCGAACGUACUCAGAGACCAUGUAAAUAAGAAAUUCGACUCCUUCUGCAAAAUUGAAGUGACGUUUUACUUGAUACGGGCAGUACUAAAUGUGUUGAGUCUAUUAAGCGUGAUAAAGUUCUACAAUAUGGUGCGAUUGGGAGUAACGUGGAAAGGCCCAGAAACCAUUGAACUGUGAUGUAAACUUUCGGGACCAGGACGUUAUCCCGGUUCCAUAUCUUCGGCCGAAGACACUGACACGACUCUAUCCUCGAGCAUGGACGAUUUCUUAUAAUGAACACUGAUAACUAUUAUGUAAAUGUUGUUGUAUGUUUGUUUUGGUUGAAAAUAAUUUUUGAAAAAACCUGUAAUGAUAAAUAA